CUCCACCACCUUCCUGGGCAUCCAUUCCAGUGCCUGACCACCCUUUCCGAAAAGUAAUACUUCCUCAUGUCCAGAAUCUAUAGGCCAUGAAAGGCUUCUCUGUUGGAUUUUGCUAUAAAUCAGUCUCAGGUAACAGAAAAUUCUGGCUCAGCUGAUCUUGUUAUGAGAUCUUGUUAUGCUGAUAGAAUGAUAGCUGAUCUUGUGUACACGAGUUAUUUGCAAGUUAUGUCCUUGUGGUGGCUUAAAAUUAUUUGGAAGUGCAUUAUGUGUAUUUCUAGUUCUCUGUCAUCAUGGUAGUUUUCAAAUAUAGAAAUGGCUGCUGCAAAGAGAACUUGAGUAAUAACUUGGGCUGUGAGUGGGAAGUUAAAGAAAACUGCAGAAUAGGAGUUAAGAGGUUGGGAAAACUGCUCCAGAUCUCCAUGAUGCCAGCUGCCAGAGAUUGCUCAGCAAAGCAAUGACAGACACUGCAGACAGUGAUACAUCAAGAGCGGCAGAGCUGGGGUUGACCUCAUCUUGGGACAGAGCAACUAGACAGGAUCUCACGAGGUUACUAUCAGGCUUUUUUGUACUAAUCUGCACUUGUCAGUGAAAUGUAGUGUCUUAGUUGAGGUUUAUUCCUUUUUAAAUAAGCCAACGAGAUUGGUGUGUUCUGGCCACACAGUGGUAGAGGCCAGCUUAUGGAUACUCAGCUCAGAGUAGGUGCCAGCUGCAACUUUUAAAGCAGGCUGCAAGUGUAGAAGUAAACUGGAGAGAAAUGAAGGUUUCUGUCUGUGGUGUUUUCAGUUUUUCUUUGACUUAAAACCAACAAAAGAACAUAAAUGCAGAGAAGCAAUGUACUGAUAAUGAAUGAUAGAACCCAAGGAAUUGCUUUGAUGUGCAGUGUUAGCAAUUCUCUGGUAAUUGAAGCAUAUUGCUGUGUACAGUUAUUAGGUUUUUUUUUUCCAUGUUUUACGUGGAGGAAUCAGCAGCAGAUCUGCAGUUUUGACAAGCAUCUGGCUUCUUGUAAUGGCAGUUGUGAAAGUAGAACUGGCUCACAGUGAUGUGCUCAGGAACGUGCUGGAAUGUUCUGAGGUGCUGUGCUGAGAUCAGAGCAUCUUGGUGAAUCAGGUCAGUUCAGGCUAAGCAGAAAACUUCUAACGUGAUAAAUCCACUGCUAAAUCUAACUGCUGAUUUCCCCUGAGUAAAACCAGGAGCUCACCAUGAACAAAAGCUUAUAAAUAAGUUGCAUUUUUACUGUGUUCGGGUCAACAUCAAUCUAAUUGUGGUGGCAUGCUCAUAUUUUUACUGAGUUAAUUAGGAAAAAAAAAAUAUUAAUUAUUCUUGAUGUCCAAAACUGCAUUGGGGGAAAAAAAAAAAAAAAGGGGGAAUACUUUUCUUUCUGAAUGAAUAAGGUAGGAUGAUUAACAUUAACAUUUAGGGACUUAUUCUAAUUGCCAUCUAGAUAUAAGGAAUAUUGAAAUCCUGAGUACUUCAAAUAUCUUGGUUUAGAACCUCAGACCUGUUUAUUUUUUGAAGUCUUGAUAUAAUAAUCUCAGACAGCUCUGAAAUGAUUUUUUUUCUCCAGAUGUUGUCAUUGUUCUGUAUUCCAUUUUACUUAUUUCUUUAACUUCUUUUACUUGUUUAUCUCUUUACAACAGAAGUCAAAGAAUUUGUUUGCUUAAACACUUAAGGUAGCUUUCCCUCUACUUAAACCCCCUUUUUCCUGUUAUAGCAUCCUGCCAAAAUCAGGUUUUAAACUGCUACAGGUUUACUUCAUUUUGCUGUGAAGUUCUAUGGGUUUUUUCAUUAAUCGUUGUACUAGGUAAUAUAUGGAUACCUGAAUGUACCUACAUCCUAACCUGUGAAUACAAAGAAACAAAAACCCAAUGAAACAACACUUGCACGAAAUGUAUCUGCCUAGUGAUACAUGUGCAUGUGUUGUCACAAUGUACGUGUAUCUGUGGGUAGGGGAAAUCUUUCUCAAGUGUCCAUUUAGGUACUCUUGCAGUUUUCUUUUUUGAGAUUUUCAUGUGCUCCAAUAGGAACUAAUCCUCUCUUCCUUCCAGCUUUGCAUUUAUGGUUAUGCACCGCAUGAUAAGGGGUUUGAGUUCUGUUUCUAGGAACUUCUCAAAAUGUCCCAUGAGACUUCUUACAAGGUACUUAUGCCCUGUGCCCUAAGUUCCCCAUCUAUUAUAAGCUGCCUCAACAGUCAGUCGUCCUGCCUGUUCACAACAGCCAGCAUUGGCUAGAUGAAUGCUUAAAAUCAGUUUGGGAGCAGGAUUUUAAACAAACCAUGGAGCUGUCAGUUUUUAAUGAUGCCAGUAAGGAUGGUUCAGCUGAAAUCAUCGCGAAAUGGAAGGUCAAGUUGGAAGGUGCUGGUAUUCCAGUAGUUGUUGGUAGUAAUGAUUCAGCAGCGCCUCGAGGAGUUGGAUUUGCUAAAAAUCAAGCAAUAAUGCAGAGCUCAGGAACCUAUCUCUGCUUUCUGGAUUCAGACGAUGUGAUGAUGCCACAGCGGGUUAGACUGCAGUAUGAAGCUGCCAUUCAACACCCAAACAGUAUUAUUGGUUGCCAAGUCAGAAGAGAGCCAUCAGAGUCUACUGAACGGUACACACGUUGGAUCAAUAGUCUGACUGAAGAGCAACUUCUUACACAGGUGUUCACCUCCCAUGGGCCUACUGUCAUCAUGCCAACCUGGUUCUGUUCUCGAGAAUGGUUUUAUCACGUAGGAAAAUUUGAUGAGGGUGGAAAGGGUGUUCCAGAAGACUUGUUGUUUUUUUAUAAACAUCUCCAGAAGGGUGGUGAAGUCCUUCGAGUGAACCAUUGCCUUCUGCUGUACCGUUACCAUCCACAGGCUGCAACUCAUUCUGUCCUUGAGGAAACCAUCUGGAAUCACCGAGUCAAGUUUCUUGAGGAUAGAGUCCUGAGCUCCUGGUCAUCAUUCACUAUUUGGAAUGCUGGCAAGCAAGGCAAGAAGCUCUACAGAAGUUUGUCACCAGCUAAUCGGGAAAAGGUAGCUGCGUUUUGUGAUGUUGAUGAAAAGAAAAUAGCAAAAGGAUUCUACACUUACGAAGAAUCUGAGGAGAGACCAAAACCAAAAAUUCCUAUAUGUCACUUCAGAGAAGCAACUCCACCUUUCAUUAUCUGUGUGAAGCAGGAUUUGACAGGAGGAGCAUUUGAAAUGAACUUGAACAUGCUGAACUUGAAAGAAGGGAUGGAUUAUUAUCACUUUAACUAAAGGCAAAGAUUUUCCCAGUGUACUUUGCAGAGAUGCUGAGAAUCCACCGUGUUGAGAUGCCACAGCAGCACCUGAACCAAGAGCUUGGAUUUACGAAGCAGAAGCCAGCACUGUGACUUCACUUUGCUGAACUCUGCAAGAGAGAAAGAGAAAAGAGGUGGAGCAGCACAUAGUGCAGUCUUACCAACUGCACAGUUGUGUAUGGAAUUAAGUAAACUAAAGAAGAAAAUGUAGAAAUCUGAAGUUAAAAUUUUUAACUACCCAUCAGUAAAUUUGAUUUGUACAGGUUUUUAAAGGAAUAAUUGUUUAUUUAUUUCA